GAGUUCAUAUUUUCAAGUCGUAUUUCUGUAACGGUCUUUACGUCCCUCAAUUUUGUGUACAUUUUAGCGGCUCGAAUUGUGCUAAAAAGUGACAUUUUUUCGGUGCUUUAUUGUGACCAAGUGACUCCUCGCCUUAUGGCUGAAUUUGUGGCUCGUGCGGGUGAAGGUUCAGAGUGAAAAGUGACGCGAAGGACUGUGUCUGACAAAGUUUCGUUUGGCAUUUCCCGGGGCCCUGUGAGCGCCCCGAAUGAGAUCAUCCACGAUUGCAGAGGAUUUUCAAUUUGGCCAACGCGGGAGGACUAUGAGCAAUGAUAAAAACAACAUUCCUAUAGCGCGACCAAGUAUCGCUAGACCACCAAUCAAACAGUGUAAAGUCGUAUUGAAAUGCAAACGAAAAUUGACUUUUCCUGAGCAGGAAAAAGAGAAUAUUAUAAUGGCACCAGUAGCAAAUCAUCGAAACAGCAUCAGCAUCAGUGAAAUCCUUGAUAAAACCGAUCCCGACAAACUAGUGCAACUGAUCCGACAAAAACGUGGGAUUCGAAACACACAACGGAUUUUCUUGGACCUCGAAUCAGAUUCGAAUAAGUCAAAUCGUCAAAGUUUCCCAAUUAAAGUUCAACGGAACAUAAAGGAAACAGAUGCGCCGGUACCCGUCGCGGCUGAACCUGAUAAUAUUUGUCCGGCAGAUGAGAACACACCAAGUCUAGCGAAUUCGAAACAUUCAUUAUCCCAGAAUGUAAACAGUGAAAAGGGUAAUGAUGUAAGUGACAAGAAUAGGUCGACACGGAUUCCACGACCUCGAAUUCAGCUCAGACGUCUGUCACAGAAUUUAGGCCGACGUGUUUUGUUGAAGACGUUCGAGAAGACCCAACAAAACGAGAACUUUUGCCCUACGGUAGCAAGUACCCCAAAUCAGCGUGUUGCACCCCCACUCGUUUAUGAUUCAGAUAUAUCCCAAAUAGCUGGUAGUCCUUCAAUUGUCUCUGUUGAAAAUAUUUCACAAAAUGACGAUCAAACACUCACAAAUAAAAGAAAAACAGAAACAGUAAAGCAUGCAAAGACCAUAACAGAAUCAUUGAUUUCUCGUGAGAGCAGGAAAUCUGAUGCCAUUCAGCUCACAGGUAAGGACCAGCAUGACGCUGGUAUCCAUACACAAGUUUAUGAUGAAAGCAUUGAAGUAGAUGAAACAUGUGUUGGCGAUAAAUCUCAUCAAAGGAGAUUGACGAGGAUCAACAAUAACAGGCGAACUACACACGGAGACCAUUUGGUAGAUGAAACUCCGGCAAAUCUUAAUGUGGCUUGCUCUCAAAAUGUACAGUCAUCGCUACAAAUGCAGGAUCAAUCCAUGCAUCCGAUAAGUAUGGAGAGCAAGCAGACGCAGAUCGCCUCUCAGUACUUGCAGAGAAGUAAUCAUGCUAUCAAUUCAUCAGCAAACACUCUUCACUCACGACACACCGAAAACACAAAUCCUCCUCCACAAGUCUCUACAUCACAUGUUUCAUUAACUUCAAAUCUGGCAGAAGUAUCAGCCAACUUAGUCUCAGCAAUUGUAAACGGGAUCAGGCGGUCGCAAAACAAUUCAGUUUUAGCUCAGAAAACACCAAUACGUACUCAGCAAACUCCACAGAAACCCAAUGAUGCCUCAUUCACAAUACCGCCUACACAAACUCCACAAAUGCGACAUCAAAGUCCAGUGAUUGUGAUACCAGUUUAUCCGCCAUCAUCUUGUAAUCAGACCCCCUCUAAAACAGCUACAACACAUUCAGCUCCUACUUCAGUGCCAGAGCAGAAUCACCUCCGGGCAGGAAGUCAACCACAAAAACCACUCCCGUCAGAUCCACCAGCACUUCCUGCAGAUUCGGUAGCACUACCUUCAGAUUCGGCGCAGAUUUCCAGCAACAAUUCUAAAAGCAGACUAAGUUUGAAGAGACAAAAAAACAACUCCAAGAUACAUUCACGGAAAACACUGGGAGAUACUAUUGCGGAAAUGACAAGUGAUGAGGAUCCAGCCCCUGUCAAUUCGCAUUCCACUCGAUUGUCAGUCCCCAAGGAAAUUGAAAUGGAAGUAACCAGCGAUGAAAGUGACGAUGGGAAUCGUUUGCAGGAGAAAGGAGUCGAUAGAAGUAAUGUUGAUCCUCCUUCACGAUCAAUUCGAUCAAGUAUCGCUCAUCAGUCUAGACCAAUAGACUUAAGGGUGUCAACACGAAGAAUCAGCAAUCGCAGAACCUCUGCACGAUCCGAAGCACCACAUACGGAAAGUGUGCACCACGACACAGAGACAAGUCAGCCCCGAAAAAGUAAGUCGAUGAAUUCCGACUCGACAGACAUCAAUUUCGACAGUAUAUUUGCGAUCGAUAGGCUGCUCAAGAGAUUAGAUAGAUCUUCGAAUGCAAGUCGACUAGAUGGCAUAGAGGAGCGUCCUCAACAGGAGUCUGCAGAAAACAUGGAGCCAAUGCAGUGGAAUCCAAGUCCUCAAGUUGACGAAGGCGUUUUAGACACUUUCAAUGAAGACAUUAUUGACCAUGUGCCUCCAGAGGAGGCAGGACACGGUGGAUAUAUACACGAUUUAUCGCCAGCAAUGGGCAAGUUGUGGAUCAAUGCGAUGCUGAAAACGAGGAAAACUGGCUCAAUGGCGCGAUCAAAAAGAGGCCACCGCGUGAUAUCAAAAAAAAUGGUACAUUCCCCUCCGCCAGCCAUUACUUACAAUGACAUUGAAUCCAGCUUUCAACGUCGCAAAAAGUCACAGGUCCGUAAUCCAUCCUUGAGCCGAAAUCGUCGUAAGCUCUACUCAAAGGGUUAUUCUGAGAAUGAAAAUUCAUCGGAAGACGAGUCGCACUAUCAUGAAGACAUUACACAUUCGGAUAACAGUACAGCAAUUACAAAUAAAUGUAUAUAUGAUCGAGAGUCGAAAUGUUCGAAGAGCCGUGCUCCUGCCGUGACAACAAAGAUCCAAACAAUUGAAAACACGAUUAAAACAUGGCAUCGGAUGAAGUCUGCACAAGAAAAGCAACGAAAAAGUGCAGGAUUGGACAAAAAUGAUGAUGAUGAUCACCUUUUCAAAAUCCCUCAGGCACCAGCGCCUGUAAGAAAGAAGAGCUCUGUCAACGUUCACUUGAAACGCCAAGAGAGGAUCCACAAUAAUUUGAGCCAUAGAAACAGGACGCAAAAUCAAAGUCGGUCGCGAAAAAGUAGUAGUUCCUCAAGCGAUGAAAGUACGCAAUCGAAAGAGUCGCAAACGAAUCACAACAGAAGCAUGAGUAAAACAAAUGAUAAUCGCCGCCUGUCAAACCAUCGGCACGCGACUCCACAGCAUGAAGACAUACAUCGAUUGCAGAGCGACUACAGAAAAAGCCAUUAUGAAGAAUCAAGUGCAGGAAGUUCACCACGAAACAGCUCUCAUCUGAAUUCAUCAAAGAAACAAACACAGAGAGACCAAAGCCGCAUGUCCGUGAUUCAAGAAGUAUCAUUGCCUGACAGUCGAAAUGAUCACAGUAGAUCACAUAGUGAACGACCGGUUGAGCCGGAUCUUACAUCCAAAUUUUUAGAAAAGUCUACGAAUACAUCUGCUUCACGUCGUGGACGCUCAUCUAUUCACAAACAGAAGCAGGACCAAGUUUUCCCUUCGAAUGAGAUCCAUCCUCUGGAAGACACUGAAAAUCGUCAUUCGAUGCAACAAAAGUCGCACCGGAAAUCCAAAAAUUCGAGUGAAAUAAUUAGUGCAAUUUCCCCUGUACGAGGGGAGCAAGUACAACAGGCUUUAACAACAGACGAACCCGUCUUCAAAACUCCGACUAAUACUAAGAAAAGUUCUGCCAAAAGAAAAGUUAGGAAGGGAAAUACCGAUGACAAUGAAACCACCAAAACUCCUUCCCAGAGUGAUAGGUCUGCUGUGAAAAAGAAGCCGAAAAAAGACCGAGAUAAUAGUUCGGCAAUGAAAGAGAAGACAUCGGGGGUGGAAAGUGAUGCCAGUUCAACGACAUCAUUGCGACGUUCUGUACGAAAACGUCAGCCUCCGCAGCCGUAUUGGACGAGCCAACAGUACCAAUAUGAAGCAGAAAUUUCCUACAAGGAUCCUGUUAUACUUAAAAAACAGCAAAAAGUAUCUACUAAGAAAAGGAAUCCGAAGAAAAAAGUUUUGGAGAGUAUCGCAGAGUAUCCAUCGUCCCCUCAACUACCCGAUCAAGGCCAUCAAGUGCAAGAAGCGAAUCAGAAAGCGCAGGAUUUAUUUGAUGCUUUAAAGGAAAUGUCUAUUAAUACACAAACAAAUGUACCGUCUAAAUCCAGUUCAAAACCACGUACUCAGAGAGUGAGGAAAGUCCCGCCGACCCCAUCAGAAAAUUAUGUUUCAGAAAGUGAUGCUGCUGUGAACACCGAUUCAGGACUUGAUACCAACAACGAGCAAAAUACAACCACAUUCUUACCGACAUGGCUAAGAAAUUUGGCAGAGCAGAAAAUUUCAUCAGAUCCAGAUUUAAUUAAGAUAUUCCGUUUGUCCGAAGCGACAGUGGUCCGUGCAAAUAAUUUGAAAUUCCGAGAAUUAGAUGGCGUAGAAUACGCAUACUAUGAUACAGGCGUAGAGAAUCUUUACGGCUAUAUAAGAUUCCAGCCUGGCACAAGGAAGAAGAGAUCCAAAACGAAACACUUUGAAUUGUGCUUGCUAAGUAUAUUGGGUGUUAUGAAAGUGGCUAUCAACGACAGGGAGACCACUUUGGAGAAUGGCGACAUGAUGAUUGUUCCAAAAGGAACUACCUAUGGGAUAGCGAAUACAUCCGAUGAAUUGGCUAUGCUGUUUUUUAUCAAAAGAUAGUUAACUUCCAGUUGCGAUAAAGUAGCUUUUACGAUAUAUCUAGAAUCUUGUUGUCGAUGCGGUGCAGUCGCGUUGAUUUCAACUAACUUAAGUCAGCAACAAUUGAAACAAUCAAAAUGUUGUUUAGGUUAAAAGAGCUGGUGAUUUGUAAGUUAUUUUUAUUUCAGAUUAAAAUUAGAAUAUUGCAUAAGGAAGUGUUAAUUAAAGCUUGGCUCUAGUUCAAUUUCUCUGUGUAGCAUGGCGUAUGAGCUUUGAGGAUUCCACUCUUCUAGGUCUUUAUUCGAUAAACUGUUGUCUGGAUGACUUCAGCCUCACAUAGUGAAAUGUAUGGAAAAUAGACUUUUUAAUUGUUUUAGUAACAAACAAAUUUAAAUCAAGGCGCCCCUGGUAAAUGAGCAUUAAAACCAGCACGAGAAGAUCCAUGAGUUUCCUGAAUAUCCUCAAACCUUUGACAACAUCUCUUCUUAAAACACACGAUUUUAAUCCAAAAAUCAGUAAUUUUCUAUUUUGAAAAUGAAUUGCAUUAGAUUUCCGCCUAACGCAUGUGAAAUUGUUAAGAAUAUUUGAUCUUUAAUGGGGGAACAAUGUGGGGAAGAAGUUAUUGAGAAUUCAAUGGGGAAUCGGUAAUACUUUGAGGAUUUCGUGCAAUUUGCAGAAGAGGAGAAAAUAGUAUUUUAUAGAAUUAGAAUACCUUUAGAUGGAUGAUGCAUGAUAUCAACAAAAGUCGAAAUUGCCGCGAUUGUACUCUCUUCAUUUUUAUUGUAUAUAAUUUAAAUAAGCAAAAAAAAAGAAAAAAUUUUAAAAAUCUUUCUAUCUCCAAGAAGAAUGCAUUUUGAAUUUUGUUGCGAAGUAACACGAAAAUUUAUUUAUUUAUAAUUAGCGUUUUAAAUGUAAUACCCAAUCUUUUGUAAUAUUCAUAAAUAUAAGUGUUAUAUGAAUAAAGUUAUUGGAAUAAGA